AUGGCCGCUGUAAAAUUGAGUACCCUGGAGGAUCAGAUGAGUUUACAGGAUCAAGAGGUUACGGCGCGCCGUUGUAAGAUGAACUUUGACCAGUUCCGACAACCAUUUGAUCCUGGUGAUGGUGGAAUGACUGCAGUUGAGGAGGAUUACCUUGACAACAUGCUCCUGGAUAGUGGUCAGCCCCGUGCAGAUCUUUGGGAAGGAGAGCAUGAUUUCCUAGCACACAAUACUGACUGUGAUGAUGUGUCCGAGGGUUCAAGUGAUGGAGAGGAGGAGAUGGGACUGUCAUGGCAGGACGAUAAGGUUACCGAUAAAGGAGCCAAGGCGCUGGGUUCACUCCCAUUUGAACCCAACACACCACCUGGAAUACAGAUGCGAAUGCUCACACGGUUUGUUAGACAGACAGCCAAGACCCCUAUCCAUUUCUUCUCUUUCUUCCUGUCAUUUGACCUAGUAGCAUCCAUUUGUAAUGCUACAAACGCCUAUGCAGAGAUGACCAUUAAAAAGGGCCAGUUCCAGUGUUACGCCACACAGGUCCAGCAGAAAGAUGUCUGGUCAAAGGUCACUACUAUGGAGAUGUACAAAUUCAUUGGAAUACUUAUGUAUAUGUCUCUGAACAAACUACCCAAUUUGGACUGUUAUUGGUCUGAAAUAGAUGACCCUGUGUUUGGUCCUUCAAGUGACAUGGUUAGGGAAAGUAUGUCCAAACAUCGCUUCAUGACAUUACUGGCAUUCCUUCAUGUUGUAUCACCUGAAAAUUUAAAAAAAGAGGAAAAGAUUAGCUAUGUGAAACCCCUUCUGAAACACAUGAAGACUGUGUCCCACACGUUAUACUUUCCCUACAGAGAGUUAGCAAUCAAGGACAGGAUGUUGGAAACCAAAAAGAGGCUUGGAAAUCUUGACAAUGAACCACAAAGAUAUGGCUGUAAACUCUUCUCACUUGUCUGUGCAGUCACAGGAUACACAUAUGAACUUUUACUCUAUGUGAAUAAAGGAGAUUAUAAAUUGGCCAAUCACCCAGAAGGAAUUCCAUAUUCAAUAGUGAACACGUUAACAGCUGACUUCCAGAAUCAAGGCUACCAGUUAUUUCUGGAAGGUUUUUUUGUGUCUAAGACUUUACUUAGAGAUCUUUUCAGUAGCUCCAUCUUCACAACUAGUUCCUUGAAGGCUGGAAGCCCGGUGGUACCAAUUUCUCUACGUGACUGGCAAGAAUGGGAUGAGGCAGCCAAGAAAGGAGACUUCCGAUGGCAGAGAGAAACAGACAGCUAUUACGUAGUGGUACAACAUAAGGACGUAGGCACCAAAUCGUAUCUAUCCACGUUACACAUGGGGUCAGCAGUCGACUCUAAAACACAUGUACCAAAAUUGGUAGUGGAUUUCAAACAGGGCUCAGACGGAUUCAAUCGUAGCAUCAGUAACAUGAAUAAUUACCCAUUCAAGGUAGGGGAGGAGACAAUUCACUGGUGGAAAAGUGUCUUCAUGCACUGUAUUGACAUGAUGGUGAUGAAUUCCUACAUUAUUUACACAGAGUAUGUGGACAGGUAUCCAGCAGAAUUCGCAACACCAUGCAAUGAGCUGGAGUUUCGGAAGGCAUUAGUGAAGUCUCUCCUAGUGCAAAAGAGGCGAGGCAUAGACUUGUCACCUUGUCGGGACUGUAUGCCGGAAAUGGUGGUGACACGUCGCGAUUGUGCUGUCUGUAAUGCCCAGGCGAGACUUGAAGGCAAUUCUUGUCCAAGUACAAAAACAAACUUCAUCUGUAGACACUGCUGUGUGCCCCUGUGUAUUUAUAAAGACAGAAACUGUUUUGCAAAGUGGCACAUGCCAGAGGGUAAAACCAUUAGGGAAUGGGUACGAUCCUAUGGACGGAAGAGGAAACAUUCAGAUUAAACGACAGAUCUGAAAACAACCACUUUAAUCUCUAAAUUCACAAAACAAUGAUAAUUUAAUAUACAGACAUUUUGCCAAUCGAUUAAAUAGAUUUUAUGCAUUGUCAGAUGAAAAUCACAUCAAACUUAUAUUUCCUUGACUGAACUUCUUCAAAACAAAAUAUUAAGAUAUUAGAGCGAAUCCAUUUUGUGGUAGCUUGACAUUUUGAUAUUUUGUACUUUAAAUCUCUUCUUUGAGCUCUGAACAUGAUACUGUAGCAUAUUAAAACUUAGAUGCAUAGGAACAAAAAUUGUGACAAAUAUUGAUGUUGAUUCUGCUGU